AUGCUCUUCGACCCGCGCACGCGCAACGGUGGCGCCGCGCGCCGCCUCGCCCCGGCCUUCAUGCUCGCCUUCGUGCUGGCCUUUAUCGUCUUCCCGUGGUUCGGUGGCGACCGGACACGGAAAAUACUCGUCGGGAGCCCGUCGUCGUCGCUCCGCGUCGCCGUGUACGAGCCGACGCCGUACCAUGGCGCGUACCGCCCCAACUGGGAGUUUGGCGAUAUUCUCGCCGACAUCCACCCGCAGGCGCCGCUCAACCCCGAGCUGCUGGGCAAGGCGAUCCAGAAUAACGAAUACGACGUGGUGUUUAUCAACUCCUGCGACCCCAAGUUCCAGAACCGCGGCCACGGCGUGCUCGACGCGCUCAACAACUCGACGGUGCACGAGGGCGACUUCUUCGGCAUCCAGAAGAUGGACCCGGAGAUCUAUGCGCCGUGGGCCGAGAGUGACCGCCUGGACGUGCUCACGCUCGGCUCGCACACUGGCCAAGAGGUGCGUCGCACCAUCGGCCGGUGGGCCGAGGAGACGCGCUCGACGGCGUGGGAGCGCGUCCCCGUGUUGGACUGGGCGCCCGUGUUCGACCCCCCGCUGUCGCGUGUCCCGCGUAAGGUCGUCACUGGAAGGUUUGACAAGGCCGCCAUUAUUGGGCGUAUUCAGCAGAGCUCGCGCGACUACGAGGGCGUGAUGCGCGAGCUUGAGCAGGCGAUCCUGGCCGACCCGCCGGCAUGGGGAUACAAGGUCGAAGGUAUCCCGCAGCGCAUCAUCCCCAUCGAGGAUAGCCCAUUCACACUCCACUUUAUCGGGCUCAACGAGCACAAGGUCGAGUUCCCCCCGCUCCUGGUGGCCGAGGAGAACCCCGUCGUGGUCGUGCACCCAAAGGUCACCAACGUCGAGUACUACUCUUUGAUCCGGAGCAUGGACAUCGUGCUGCCCGCGUUUAACACGGACGCGUACUACAAGGUGCGGUCGAGCGCGAGCAUUCCAGCGGCUAUCAUGUGCGAGACACCGCUCCUCGCCUCGCGCCGACUGCUAGAGAGCUACACCUACCUCCACAGCCCAAGCUACAUCGCCAACCCGCUGUCCACGACGACCGUGCGCGCGAUCGAGCAGCUGCGCGCCGGCCAGCAGCCAUGGCAGGCGGCGUAUGGCGCUGCCCCUGCGCCCACAGUGCCGGCUGCCAAGGCAUUCCUCAGCCCGUCACGCUGGUGGAACACGGGCGACACGUUCGCGCGCUACAAGGCUGCGCUGCGCGCGCGCAACGUCGAGAUCUUUGAGGGCAUGCUGCACCGCGCGACGACGAGCAAGUAG